AUGGAGGAGAAGCCAGCGCAAUCCCCUGAAGCCCAGGGCAACUUGAUGCGACUGAGGGAUGCAGGACGUGAAGAAAGCGAUGAAAGUGAGCAUGUUGACAUGCAGCCUCAGAAAGAGGGAAGGAGCAAAUCCUGGUUCGAUGCAUCAUACCACAGACCGUCUCGAGUACCACGUCCAGACGGUAAGCGCGAGCUUCAUGAGAAAGAUUGCUGGGACAAGCUGGCUUAUUCCUGGCCUACUUGGAAGAAGUGCAUGUAUCUCGCUUCGAUCGCGGGCAUCCAAAUCUCCAUGAACUUCAACACGUCGGUUUUUCCAAGCGCAGUCAAUCCGAUCUCUGAACACUUUGGUGUCAGUAAGCAAGCUGCCCGGGUAGGACAGAUGAUAUAUCUCGUCUUCUAUAGUUUUGGGUGCGAGCUCUGGGCUCCAUGGAGUGAGGAGUUUGGCAGAUGGCCUAUAUUGCAGUUAAGUCUGUUCUUCAUCAACAUUUGGCAGAUCCCAAAUUCGGUUGCCCCUAAUUUUGGCACAAUUGUGGUCUGCAGAGCUCUAGGUGGUCUUUCUACUGCCGGAGGUAGUGUCACGCUUGGUCUUAUUGCAGAUCUUUACGAGCCGGAAGAGCAACAUUGGCCACUGUGCUUCAUCGUGCUGAGCUCGACCAUCGGAACCAGUAUUGGCGGCGUUAUUGGCGGCCCAAUCGAGCGAUUCCUCACAUGGAAGUGGAAUUUCUGGAUUCAGCUCAUAUUUGGAGUUGCAGUACAAGCUGUUCACUUCUUCAUGCCGGAGUCACGCUCCACCAUCUUGAUAGACCGCGAAGCUAAGCGCCGCCGCAAAACUGGCGAGGACCCCAACAUCUAUGGCCCCAACGAACUUAAGUCACCACGGAUCUCGCUUAAGGAAGCUGGCAAGAUCUGGCUGCGACCGUUCGAGAUGUUCGUUCGCGAACCAAUAGUGCUAUUCUUAUCGCUCCUAUCAGGUUUCUCGGAUGCCCUCAUCUUCACAUUUCUUGAAGCCUUCGCCAUCACUUUUCCGGACAACUUUGGCUUCGGUACACUGGCGGUCGCUUGGGCAUUCAUUCCGAUUAACGCGAGUUACUUCUUUACGUACUUCCUGUACUGGCCAAUAUUCUGGAGAGACGAGCACCUCAAGAAGAAAAACGGCCCCGACUCCCUGUCGCCUGAGCGUAGACUGAAGCCGCUGUUGUUACUUGCGCUCUUCGAGCCUAUUGGUCUUUUCGGGUUUGCGUGGACUUCCUACGGGCCAUACUCUGCUUCCGCAACUGGUGGCAACGCUUUUGCAAGGGACUUCCUUGCCGGAAUUGCAGCUAUGUAUGCCACGCCACUUUACACCAACCUGAGUGAAAAGCGACCAUCGGAAUACGCGACAACGGUCUUGGCUUGCUUGUCCUGCCUCGUCGUUGUUCCUAUCUUCAUCUUCUACUGGAAGGGCCCUCAAAUCAGGAAGGCUUCUAAGUUCGCUUCUAUACUCGCAGAAGAUAGGAAAGCUGAAGGCGUCAGACGACUUAGCAAGGCAGAUAACCUUCCGGCGUAA